UUGUUUUUUUUUUUUCAAGCCUUGAAGAUUUCGCUGGCUAUUUAACUCUGUGGCUUCGCUCAUUUCCUGCGAAACACACAUAUUUGGCGAUUAUUUGCAAGACCAGAUAUCUGGUGUACCGGCAUCGAUUGUUUAUCUGGUUGAUUCUGAUUACAGGCAACAAAAAUGGCUACCCCUACAUCAAACCUGACGAGAAUAGGCCUUGCGGGUCUUGCGGUCAUGGGCCAAAAUCUUGCCCUCAAUAUUGCUGAGAAGGGCUUCCCCAUUUCCGUUUACAACCGGAGCACCAGCAAAGUUGAUGACACCGUUGAACGAGCCAAAAAAGAGGGAAUCGUCCCUCUAUAUGGCUUCCAUGAUCCUGAAUCCUUUGUUCGAUCAAUCCAGAAACCUCGUGUCAUUAUCAUGCUUGUUAAAGCUGGGGCCCCUGUUGACCAGACCAUUAAAACCCUCUCUGUCUACAUGGAGAAAGGUGAUUGUAUAAUUGACGGUGGUAAUGAGUGGUAUGAGAACACUGAGAGGAGAGCAGCGGCCAUGGCUGAGCUGGGCCUGCUCUAUUUAGGAAUGGGGGUUUCGGGUGGUGAAGAAGGAGCCCGACAUGGCCCCUCUAUGAUGCCUGGAGGGUCCUACGAGGCCUAUAAGUACAUCGAAGAUAUCCUUCUCAAGGUUUCAGCACAGGUUCCUGACAGUGGUCCUUGUGUUACCUACAUAGGCAAAGGAGGAUCUGGUAAUUUUGUAAAGAUGGUGCACAAUGGGAUUGAAUAUGGUGAUAUGCAGCUGAUUGCAGAAGCUUAUGAUGUUCUGAAAACAGUUGGAAAACUUUCCAAUGAGGAAUUGCACCAGGUCUUUGCGGAGUGGAACAAGGGGGAGCUUCUGAGCUUCUUGGUUGAGAUCACUUCAGAUAUUUUCAGUAUCAAGGAUGAUAAGGGGGAUGGCUAUUUGGUUGAUAAGGUCUUGGACAAGACUGGAAUGAAGGGUACUGGUAAAUGGACUGUUCAGCAAGCUGCUGAUCUAUCAAUUGCAGCUCCCACAAUAGAAGCAUCUUUGGAUUCAAGGUUCAUCAGUGGAUUGAAGGAAGAAAGGACUGAAGCUUCGAAGGUAUUCAAAGCAGCUGGUGUUAAUGACAUCUUUACUGUUCAAGCAGUUGAUAAGAAGAAACUGAUUGAUGACGUGAGGCAAGCUCUUUAUGCAUCCAAGAUUUGUAGCUAUGCGCAGGGGAUGAAUCUGAUCCGUGCAAAGAGCAUUGAGAAGGGCUGGGACUUGAAGUUGGGGGAGCUGGCGAGAAUAUGGAAGGGGGGUUGCAUUAUCCGUGCUAUAUUCUUGGAUCGUAUCAAGAAGGCCUACGAUAGGAACCCAGAUCUUGCAAAUCUUCUUGUAGAUCCAGAGUUUGCAAAAGAAAUUAUUGAGCGACAAUCUGCUUGGCGAAGAGUUGUCUGUCUCGCUAUCAAUUCAGGUAUAACCACCCCUGGUAUGUCUGUCAGUCUUGCUUAUUUCGAUUCUUACAGGAGGGAGAGUCUGCCAGCUAAUUUGGUCCAAGCUCAGAGAGAUUAUUUUGGAGCUCACACCUAUGAAAGGAUUGAUAUGCCAGGAGCCUUCCACACUGAAUGGUUCAAGAUUGCGAAUCAGUCAAAGAUGUAAACUUCCUAUUGGUGCUCUUCAAUUUGAUCAAGCCAUUGUCAUUAAACCUAAUAAGGCUCCAUCGGGCUGAGAAUUUGGUUAGGACGUACAUUUUGUUUGGUUUAAUAUCUUUUAGACUUUGAUUAAUUAAAGCUGCUGAAUUGUUUGCA